CAUUUCCCCCAAUCCUCCUCCUCUCUCGUUUCUCUCCUCUCCCUCUCUCUAUAACAAACUUCAAACCUACUCAGUCGAGUGAGCUCAAUUCAAACGCAACUCAGUAAAAAUGGACAUGGAAGAAGAGUAUGAUCCAGCUUACAACGAAGACGAAGGCGAGGACAUAACGCAGGAGGAUGCGUGGACUGUAAUCAGCGCGUAUUUCGAUGAGAAAGGCCUGGUUCGACAGCAACUCGACUCGUUCGAUGAGUUUAUUCAGAACACGAUGCAGGAAAUCGUUGAUGAGUCGGCUGAUAUCGAGAUUCGCCCCGAGUCGCAGCAUAAUCCUGGUCAUCAGAACGAUUUCGCUGAGACUAUAUAUAAGAUUAGUUUUGGUCAGAUAUUUCUCAGUAAGCCGAUGAUGACAGAAUCUGACGGAGAAACAGCAACUUUAUUUCCGAAAGCUGCAAGACUAAGGAAUCUCACAUACUCGGCUCCCUUAUAUGCCGAUGUCUCCAAGAGAGUCAUUAAAAAGGGACAUGACGGUGAAGAAGUUACUGAAACACAGGACUUUAACAAAGUUUUUAUUGGGAAGGUGCCUAUAAUGCUUAGGUCUAGCUACUGUACUCUGUAUCAGAACAACGAGAAGGAUUUAACUGAAUUGGGUGAGUGCCCCUAUGAUCAGGGUGGCUAUUUCAUCAUCAAUGGCAGUGAGAAAGUUUUGAUUGCUCAGGAGAAGAUGAGCACCAAUCAUGUCUAUGUAUUUAAAAAAAGGCAACCUAACAAGUAUGCCUAUGUCGGAGAAGUGCGCUCUAUGGCAGAAUCCCAGAAUAGGCCUCCGAGUACAAUGUUUGUUCGGAUGCUUUCGAGGACUAGUGCGAAAGGGGGCUCCUCGGGACAGUAUAUUCGUGCAACACUUCCAUACAUUCGUACUGAGAUUCCUAUCAUAAUUGUCUUUCGGGCAUUAGGAUUUGUUGCGGACAAAGAUAUAUUAGAACAUAUAUGUUAUGACUUUGCUGAUACCCAAAUGAUGGAAUUAUUGAGGCCUUCCUUGGAGGAAGCCUUUGUUAUUCAAAAUCAACAGGUGGCACUCGAUUACAUUGGGAAAAGAGGAGCUACUGUUGGUGUAACUAGGGAAAAGCGUAUCAAGUAUGCUAAGGAAAUCCUGCAAAAGGAGAUGCUUCCUCAUGUUGGGGUUGGAGAAUAUUGUGAAACAAAGAAAGCAUACUAUUUUGGGUAUAUUAUUCACCGCCUUCUACUUUGUGCCCUUGGCCGAAGAGCGGAGGACGAUAGGGAUCAUUACGGCAAUAAGAGGAUGGAUCUUGCUGGACCUUUGCUGGGUGGUCUUUUCCGGAUGUUGUUCAGAAAGUUGACGAGGGAUGUUAGAGGUUAUGUGCAAAAGUGCGUUGAUAACGGGAAAGACGUGAACCUGCAGUUUGCCAUCAAAGCAAAAACAAUUACUAGUGGUCUUAAAUACUCACUCGCUACUGGGAACUGGGGACAGGCAAAUGCAGCUGGUACAAGAGCUGGUGUGUCUCAGGUGUUGAAUCGCCUGACCUAUGCAUCAACUUUAUCGCAUUUGAGAAGAUUAAAUUCUCCAAUUGGACGUGAAGGGAAGCUUGCAAAACCUCGGCAAUUGCACAACUCACAGUGGGGAAUGAUGUGCCCUGCAGAGACACCUGAAGGACAAGCAUGUGGACUGGUAAAAAAUCUGGCUUUGAUGGUGUACGUAACAGUUGGAUCAGCAGCAUAUCCAAUUCUAGAAUUUUUAGAAGAAUGGGGCACAGAGAAUUUUGAGGAAAUUUCCCCUGCUGUGAUUACCCAAGCCACAAAGAUUUUUGUCAACGGGUGCUGGGUGGGUAUUCACCGUGAUCCUGACAUGUUGGUGAGAACUCUAAGGCGACUGAGGAGACGGGUUGAUGUCAACACCGAGGUUGGAGUAGUUCGAGAUAUUCGUUUAAAAGAACUUCGCAUUUAUACUGAUUAUGGUCGUUGCAGUCGUCCGCUAUUCAUUGUGGAGAAGCAAAGGCUUCUUAUUAGAAGAAAGGACAUUGAAGCAUUGCAACAGAAGGAAAGCCCAGAAGAUGGUGGAUGGCAUGAUCUUGUUGCCAAAGGAUUUAUAGAAUACAUCGACACCGAAGAAGAAGAAACUACUAUGAUUUCCAUGACCAUCAAUGAUCUUAGAAGUGCAAGGGAAAAUCCAGAGGAGGCUUAUUCUGAUACUUAUACCCACUGUGAAAUCCAUCCAUCAUUGAUUUUAGGUGUUUGUGCUUCUAUUAUACCCUUUCCGGAUCAUAACCAGUCUCCACGUAACACAUAUCAGUCAGCUAUGGGUAAACAAGCAAUGGGGAUUUAUGUCACAAAUUUUCAGUUCCGAAUGGAUACAUUGGCCUAUGUUCUAUACUAUCCCCAGAAGCCUCUUGUUACAACCAGAGCUAUGGAGCAUUUACACUUCAGGCAACUUCCAGCUGGCAUUAAUGCCAUUGUUGCUAUUGCCUGCUACUCUGGGUAUAAUCAAGAAGAUUCUGUCAUUAUGAACCAAUCAUCAAUAGAUCGUGGAUUUUUCCGAUCACUAUUCUUCCGGUCAUACAGGGAUGAGGAGAAGAAGAUGGGAACGCUUGUUAAAGAAGACUUUGGCCGACCAGAUAGAGCUAAUACCAUGGGGAUGAGACAUGGCUCAUAUGAUAAGUUGGAUGAUGAUGGUCUUGCUCCUCCGGGAACAAGAUGUUCUGGUGAGGAUGUUAUUAUAGGAAAGACUACUCCUAUUGCUCAGGAUGAUGCUGUUCAGGGGCAAGCUGCAUCGAGGUACACGCGUCGUGAUCAUAGCACAAGUUUACGUCACAGUGAAACAGGGAUGGUUGAUCAGGUACUACUUACAACGAAUGCUGAUGGUUUAAGAUUUGUGAAAGUAAGGGUAAGAUCAGUGAGGAUACCUCAAAUUGGAGAUAAAUUUAGCAGUAGGCAUGGUCAGAAAGGAACAGUUGGCAUGACUUACACACAAGAAGAUAUGCCUUGGACUGUAGAAGGUAUUACCCCAGAUAUUAUUGUGAAUCCACAUGCCAUUCCGUCUCGGAUGACAAUUGGCCAGCUUAUCGAGUGCAUCAUGGGCAAAGUUGCUGCUCACAUGGGGAAGGAAGGAGAUGCCACACCAUUUACGGAUGUUACGGUGGAUAAUAUUAGUAAAGCUCUUCACAAGUGUGGCUAUCAAAUGCGUGGCUUUGAAACAAUGUAUAAUGGCCACACUGGGAGGCGUCUAACAGCCAUGAUUUUCCUGGGCCCUACUUACUACCAAAGAUUGAAGCAUAUGGUUGAUGAUAAGAUCCAUUCCCGUGGACGAGGCCCUGUACAAAUCCUCACGAGGCAGCCUGCUGAGGGACGAUCACGAGAUGGUGGUCUUCGAUUUGGAGAAAUGGAACGGGAUUGCAUGAUUGCGCAUGGUGCUGCUCAUUUCCUGAAAGAAAGGCUGUUCGAUCAGAGUGAUGCUUACAGGGUUCAUGUCUGUGAGAAAUGUGGAUUGGUAGCAAUUGCAAACUUGAAGAAGAAUUCAUUUGAGUGCAGGAGUUGCAAGAACAAGACUGAUAUUGUGCAGGUUCACAUUCCUUAUGCAUGCAAGCUUCUUUUCCAAGAGUUGAUGUCUAUGGCGAUUGCACCCAGGAUGCUUACUAAAGAUGUGAAAUUGGCAAAAGACCUGAAGAAGAGGGGAGCCUGAAAUUUCUAAAGAAUCAUUAAAUUUAGUCCAAGUGCAAAGGGUAAAAAAAUAUAUGGAUCUGCAAUUGUGCAAAAUGUGGUUUUAGGCUACUAAAUAUUGGAUUCCUAUAGCAUAAGCUGGGGGCAAUCUAUGUUACGUGAGGCUGGUGCUAGUGUUAAUCUAGCCCAAAAAUGGCAUCUAGUGCUAGUUCCGUUCUAAGCAUUGACCUGGUUGCUGUUUCUAUUUUGUUCCUCAGAACAUAUGAAUUGGUGCGGCAGGGAUGGCAGUCACCUGGUGGUGGGGAGAGUAGCAGGUUGAUAUAGGAAAAGGCAGGGAAAUGGAUUUUGUAAAGAGAAGAAAGAUGAAUGAUUGUCUAGCCACCUUGUAGUUGCCUAGUUUUUGUGCCGUUUUAAGUUAUAAUCUUUGCUGAAUUGACAUUUUUUUUACAUGAGUUUAGUUAUGUUGACAAUUAUGCGUAAUAUGUAUAUCCGAGGACCAAUGUCGUUUAAUUAACGAACUUUUUUUAAUAAGACGGUUUUGUGCUA